UAAACAGUCCCAUUGAAAUGAAUUCAAACUGACACAGAGACAGAGGUGAAAGGAUCGGAGAGGAGUAUUGGCUUCGUUCCUUAUUCCAAGAAACCUCUCUGCCACUCCAACUUCAUCAUCGUUUGUUUGCCUUCAGGCAUUCAUUCUGCAAAUGCGAAGUGACCUUCUCUGAGGUCUUCCGAACUCAGAUCUCCUCUUCGGGUCUUCUCUUCUGGUGAUUUUUUAGAUGCUCAAAAGCAAAGGAAAGCCAUGAAAAGUAAAGAACUUGCGAAUGGGAAAAAUCAUGUUAGGAAGAAAAGUGUAGAGGAAGUUGCAGCUAAUCAAUUAGAAAGGAAGGUCAAGCCUGCAGAUAUAAUAUGGGUCAAGAACCACGGAGGCUCGUGGUGGCUGGCGCAGGUUGUUGAUGAGAAUCUCAUAAGCGAGAGCAGUAAGCCUAGUAAAAGAUCACCAGGGAAAGUCCUCGUUCGGCUUUAUGGAACUUACACAUAUUCUUACGCGGAUCCAAUCAAAUGUCGCUCCGAGUUUGAUAAAAUACUCGAGCAGAAUAACAAUUCUUGUAGGGAGAUCUUUUUGAGAGCUUUGGAGCAGGACGUUGCUCGCUUGAAAGCUGGCGGGUCAAAGAGGCAAAGAUCCAAAUCUAAAGAGACGAACAACGAAGUGAGCAACAAAGCAUCCAAGCGAGGCGAGGCUAAAGAUGAAGUAAAAGGAAAAUCCCGUAAGCAAUCAAAGAGCCAAGGAGACAAUGAAGGGGAAGGUAAAAGCCGAAAGAGGAAAAUCAAGGAAGAUGGUAUGCAGAAAAAGCCCAAGCCAGAUGAGCAAAGCACUGGGGAGGUUGCAAUUGACACAACACCGAAGCAUGAUAAGACGCCUAAGAAAAGCAAGCUAAAUGGCUCAAGCUCUGGCAAAAUCUCAGUUUUGAGAUAUCAAGAACUGAGUGCACGAAGACUCAAAGUGAUGCAAAGUCUUGGAUUGGCUGCUCCCACUGGAUCUCCAUUCUGCAAAAGUGGACAGAUUUGUAUGACUCUAUGAGAUACGGUUGUUCUUCUAUUUGGUGGAUUGGUAUUCUCUUGCUGUUCUAAAGAUCUCAGCAUGUUGAUUUUGCAUUUUACCACCAGUUAGGAAGGCGUUGUCCGGGUGUGUGCUUCCUCGACCACAUACAUACGCCGGAAUUUUUCAUUUGAAGUUCGGAUACAUGGUAAUUAUUAUAUGCAAGUGGUAGUUGCUAAUGUUGUUGCCCUUGGACAUGAGAAGGAUGUUGAAAAAAAGUAGUAAUUAUCUGAUUUCUCUCUUCGGUAUCAUUUUUCAUGUCCAAUUAGAACAUUAGUAGCCUAUUUGGUUCACGCGUUUAAAUCAGUGAUUUUAGUUCUCAAUUCAAAAUUGUGAGAACUAUACGCGGGAACUUGUUUUAUUCAAAUUUUUGUGGGAAAAAAAUAUUAUACCAGAAUCAAAAUCAUGGUUCCAAACGCGUGAAACAAACAUGCUCUAAGUAUUAUAUGCUUCUUUGGCCCAUUAUUGCCAUAUAUCUUAACUUAUAAUUAGAAAUUCCCAUUUUAG